GUCUUGGCUGAGGCUCUGUAGGAGUCAGUCGGCUGUGAUUCCGUGUGCUUUGCUGUGAUCUGUUGCCGGGAGCUGUGAGGAGAGCUGUGCGAGUUCGCAGCCUGCGCCAUGGAUGCAGUGACUUUUAUGGAUGUGCAUGUGAACUUCUCUCAGGAAGAGUGGGCUUUGCUGGAUACUUCUCAGAAGAGUCUCUACAAAGAUGUCAUGCUGGAGACCUACUGGAACCUUACUUGUAUAGGCUAUGAAUGGGAAGACCACAAUAAUGAAGAAUGUUGUCAAAGCUCUAGAAGACAUGGAAGGUAAUUUUCAUGUGGAAGCUGAUACAUAAUGUACCUCUGAAGAAAUUUAUAAUGUACCCUGAAGUUUUAAUGAAGAAAAAAAUAAUGUAUUUCAACUGUUCUCAGUAUAGUACAUGUAAAGCAAAGGGCUAUGGAAAGAAGCAGUGCACCUCUCUUUUUCCCAGAACAAUUAGAAGAUAUGUAGUCAUCCCCACUAUGAGAAGACAUGGUGAAUGUGAUAUAAGUUUACAAGUAAAUGAUUUUCCAGCUUCAAUGGGAAUUCACCAAAAUACUCCCAAUGGAGAAAAGCCUUAUGAAUACAAGGAAUGUGGAAAAGCUCCUGUCUGUCAUGGUUUACUUUGCAUAUGUAGUGUGACUCACACUAUAGGAAAAUAUUAUGAAUGCAAUCAGUGUGGUAAAGAUCUUAGUUCUUCUUUUUCUCUUCAAAGAUGUAAAAUAGCUCAUCUAGGAAAAGAGCAUAAUGGAUGUGAGCCAAGUAGUAAAAGCUUUAACUAUCACAGGUAUCUUCAAAUACAGAACACAACCUACAAUGAAGAGUAUCUCUAUGAUUAUAUUCAAUGUGAUAAAGCCUCUUUACAGUUACACCAAAGAAAUAAUUCCAAAAUAACAUCCUAUGAAUAUAAUGAAAGAGAUAAAGACAUUACAUUUCACAGUAAUCAUCACAUAUGUAAGAUAAAUAUUAGAGACACAAAGUAUGAAUAUCAUCAAUGUGGUAAAACCUUUGCAUGUCCUAAUUACCUUCAAAUACAUGAAAGGAUUCAUACUAGAAAGAAACCCUAUGAAUGUAAUCAGUGUGGUAAAGUUUUUGCAUAUAAAAGUCAUUUUCACAAGCAUCAAAGAAUUCAUACUGGUGAGAAACCCUAUGAAUGCAAUCAAUGUGGUAAAGCCUUUUCAUGUAAUGGUAAUCUUCAAAUACAUGAAAGAAUUCAUACUGGUGAGCAACCCUAUAAAUGUAAUCAAUGUGGUAAAGCCUUUGCAUAUAGCAAUAGUCUUCACAAGCAUGAAAGAACUCACACUGGGGAGAAACCCUAUGAAUGUAAUCAUUGUGGUAAAGCCUUUACAUGUCACAGUACCCGGCAAAUACAUGAAAGAAUUCAUACUGGGGAGAAACCAUAUAAAUGCAGUCAAUGUGGUAAAACCUUUGCACGUAGCAGCCAUGUUAAAAUGCAUGAAAGAAUUCAUACUGGAGAGAAACCCUAUAAAUGCAAUCAAUGUGGUAAAGCCUUUGCAUAUCACAGUCAUCUUCAAAGGCAUGAAAGAAUUCAUACUGGAGAGAAGCCUUAUGAAUGUAAUCAAUGUGGUAAAGCCUUUGCAUAUCGCAGUAGUCUUAGACUACAUGAAACAAGUCAUACUGGAGAGAAACCUUAUGAAUGUAACCAAUGUGGUAAAACCUUUGCCUGUUCCAGCUAUCUUCAAAUACAUGAGAGAAUUCAUACUGGAGAGAAACCCUUUCAAUGUAAGCAUUGUUGUAAAACCUUUUCAUAUCGCAGUAGUCUUCACAUGCAUGAAAAAAAUCAUACUGGAGAGAAACUCUUUGAAUGUAAGAAAUGUGGUAUAUCCUUUGCACAAAUUGGUACCCUUCAAAAGCAUGAAAGAAAGCAUACAGACAAAGAAGAAAAUUCCCCUGAAGGAUAGUAAUUGAGAUAUAGCAUUUCAAACCAUAUUCAUUUUCUCCACUAAGUUCUCUCACUGGUUUUUGAGUAACAGUACAACUAUUACAUCGUUAAAAUGUUGUCUCCUUUUCAAGCCACAAACAUGUUGUCAUCUAAGAAUAAAGGAACCCAUUGUCUCAUGACAAUUUAAAUAGUAAAAUCUAUGUGUAAAUG